AUGGGGAAAGGAGUUCAGCCAAAGCCCGGUCUGUUGCCCGGGAGGCUGGUUGCUCAGCACUUGCGUUCUUGUCAAGCCAAGCAUGGACGUUGUGGCCUCUGUUUCUGGGGUCAGAAGAAAAAAACUUGGGAGGCAAAGCUUUCGAGCCGCUGGCUAUUUGUCACUCUGAAAAACAAAAUGGCUCGUCUCGGUUGCACUGUGUGCGCACUAGCUUCCACAGGAGGCCCUUGGGCUAAUUUCGACCAAAAGCCUUUGUCUGUGAAGCUGGUGCACUUGAAAAGGCAUGAAAGGUCAAAAACACAUGUCGCUGCCUUGGCGGCCACAAGGUCCUCGGACCAUGCUGCUUUGGCGCCUGACGAUUCCUUGUUUCAAGAAGCAUUGAAAAAGAUGCGUGCUGGGGGGAGCGCAAGGGACGGUGGCGGCUGCAGUAAUAAGAAGGAACAAGUCCGGUGGUGCCUGGCAGAAGCAACCAUGGAUGCCGGAAGGCAGGUUUUGGGAGAAGCUCUAUGCGUUGCUUUGACGCGUGACGAGCGGAAAGGGAGGCUGUUGAUCAGGUGGCGCGCUUGCAAGGCUGACCUUAGCCCUGCGUCUGAAGUCCUUGACUUCAAGCCAGUUGAAGGAUAUGCAGACAAUCUGGCUAAUGCAGUCAAGCGAGCAGUGGAAGACUACUGUCUGCCGCGGCAAUUUUUGCCUCGUGGUUUCGUUGAUGCGAGCUCUCCAGUACCCUCCCAGCAAGAUGUGGAGGCAAAUAUCAAAAAGACGACCCGAGUCUUAGUCACGGAUGCAGCCGCGGCAGAGCUGCUUGCUUCGAAUCUCUUAUCUGGGCGCCGUCCCUAUGCGGAAAGCGGUGCAGUGGAGACAUAUCUGCCAGCACUCAAAGUUAUCCAGAGAGACGCGCCUCACGCGUCAACGCGUCUUCUGAAGCGACCAUUUGCCGCGUCGAAGGAGUUGAAUGACAUAAUGGAAGAAUUUGUGUCGGGCCACGAUGCCUUUGCCCAAAAGGUCUUCCAUAGUCCGUUGUAUGGCGCAUGGUGGAAGGACUUGGUCCAAGAAGAGACGGGCGGGCCAACCAGCUUGGCAUCUGCAAAGCACAGAUUUGCGUCAUUCUUCCUGCCUUUGAGCCGGAUCUGUGGCAAUAUGCCGCAAAUGGUCAAGCUGUGUCACAAAGUCGCGCUUGUCCGUGGACAAGCAGGCGACUGGGCUGGCCAGCUCUUGGGCAACUUCUCCGGAAGAAAGGCUGCUCUGUUAGCCAUGGCAACAGACGCAGCAGCGACAUGCUGCGAAUUAACCAGGAGCCUGGAUGCUGAAGACGCAGAUAUUAGUCUGCUGGGUUCCCAAGUUCAGCACUUCGCUCAUUCCAUCCAAGCCCUGUUCUAUUCGGAACGGGUGGUGGAGUUGCCUACCUUCACUCGGGAAGUUUGCCACUCUUUGAGAAAUCAGGCGAUUCCCAUUUUGCACAAUGGGAUGGGAUUGCGCGAGUCACACAUCACGGACGAAGACAUUCGUUAUGCUUUUGCAGUAAUGAAAGACUGGGCCACCCUAUCCUUGCAAACUUUGGAAGCCGAGUUUCCUGCAUGGCACCUUCUCACUUGCUUUGAUGUUUUUCAGCUCGCAGGGACGUCUGCAAGAAAGCGGGAAGGGCAAGGGACAGAGGAUGCUUCGGCGAAACUGUCCAAAGUUUUUGAAGUCGACCUCCAAGACUUGAAGACUCAGUACGUCUCGGUGCUGCCAACCGCGCAAGCCAUCCAGAAGACCGCUGGCCUGGAGAAUCGUCAGGCUUGGGCGCAGGCUCUGACACGCCUACGGGCUACUUCGGCUUUGAAGAAGAAAUAUCCUGCAGAGGCCCUGACACAGGUUGUCGCUGCAUACGUGGCAUUCACAGCUUCAAGCAGUGGUUGUGAGCAAAUGUUCAGCGGGUUGAAGAGGAGCCCGGCUGAGUUGGCUAGCUCUCGGCUGGACACAGACAAACGACUGGCCGUUGUUGUUGGGGGUGAUGCUCAGUUCGACGAAAUGGUUGUCGCCAAAGCUCGCGAGCUGUACGGCACUUUGCUGCGCUCCGGGCGCGCGCGCUCUACCACCCGCGCUGCGCUAAUAGAUCGUGGUCGAGCGGGCCCUGCAAGGCCAGACUCUCAUCGAGCGUGGCUGCGUACGCGAAAGGAAGCAGUUGACAAAGCAGCGCAAGAAGACCAAGACUUGCGCACGCCGCAGAGACGUCCAGUUUUGGCACUGACAGAAAGUGUUCAAAAGGAAGCCAACAAGCAGGAGGCAUUGAGUAAGAAAAGGAAAGCUGAGGCUUUUUUGGAAGGCACCUUGCUGGAAAAGGAAGUGACCGACGAAGUGCGCACCGCAGCUCAGAAAAAAAUUGCUCUAGACCAAGCGAAUGACAAACAAAGAAACAAGAACUGUGCACGCAUCUUACAAACUGUGGAGAUGACUCAGACUAAGCAGACACAAGCUUGGGCCUUGUGUAACUUACCUCAGCCUGCUUUGCUGACCCAGACAGGAAAUGAAGCAAACAGUUUGCAGCGAGCCCUGAAGCAAGCAGGUGUUUCGACUGUUGUCCAAGACAUGCGUGAAGCCAAACUCUUAGUUGUUGACCACGUGCAGGCCAUGACUCGCACACAGCGGCUGCUGUCGGCCGUGAUGGGUUGCGUGGUGCUGUCUGCUUCCAUAUUGCGUGGAGCCGGAGGGGUGAAAUUGACUUUCCAUGCAGGUGUGGAGCAAAGGGUGCGCUUGUUCUUGACAGAUGCUUUUAAGCGUGAAAAUGCGGCGUUGACACUCGUCGUCCGGGAGGCAGUUGCCCGGAGACUUGGUUGGACGGCUGUGACGUCUGAGGAAGCCAGAAGGAAGGAUGGCUGGAAGUGGGGCUUGACUUUGAAAGGCAAUAAUGAAAAUCUUGGGGCCACAAGUCGGUGCAAGAAAAUCUUGCAGCUGACCGGGGACGAGUUUGUCCAAUGGGCAACACAAAAUUUUGUGCAUUCCGGGGCCAGCGCUUGGGUUAAAGGCAGCUGA